AAAUGCACCCUAAACAUAAACAUAAAUGUCAAUUACAAUGGCCGACAAGAAACUUUCGAGACCAAAAAGAGAUGUUUUGAAGCGAUGCCUUUUAGUUUCAAAAUAAAAGAAAUUCAACGAAAGCUGCUUCCUUAUAAUGUUUUGCCGUCCAAAUUGGCAAUGGCGAAAUAAGAAAAUGAAAAUCAUGGCUAGAGCAAAAUGGAAGCGAAAACAAACGCAAUAAGAUUGCAAUACUUAAAAUAGUUACAAAAAGUAUACAUAUUAAAUAAAAGCAAAAAUUAUUCAAAUACUGAUCGAAAUAUCAAUAGAAAAAAUAUACGUAUAAGAGUUUCGCGCCCGAUGUGCUAAGAAAAUUGCGUUACAUUCUUAGCGUUGCAUUUUGAAACAUUGACAAUAACGGCGAAGGCAUUUUCUAAAAGCGAGGAUCCACGCAAAUAAUUAAUUCAGUUUGACAAAUACCGAAAGCAAAGAAAGGAGGCCAGUAGAAAGAAACACCUUCCGCAUCAGCGUAUGAAAGAGAUACAAGAUAAUUUUGAUUUGUUCGUGCAAAAGGCCAAAAUCGCAUUGAAAAUUCGAGUUUAACGAAGCAAAAGAAGUUUGCCUGAAGGAUUGAUUAUCCGUCGAAAAUCGGGGGGCAAGCAGACGCAGAACACGACAAAACCAAUGAAUUUACUGUGCUGCUGCUGCUGCGGUAACAUGGCACCAAACACGAGGAUAACUCGCAAAUGGGAGCUGUUUGCUGGACGCAAUAAGUUUUACUGCGAUGGGUUGUUGAUGUCCGCACCCCACACGGGAGUUUUUUACCUGACUUGCAUUCUGAUUACGGGCACUAGUGCACUUUUCUUCGCUUUUGAUUGUCCGUUCCUUGCCACACGUAUAAAUCCUAUCAUUCCUAUUGUUGGUGCAGUGCUUUACUUCUUUACAAUGAGUUCCUUGCUACGAACAACCUUUUCAGAUCCUGGUGUUAUACCCCGUGCCUCUCACGACGAGGCUGCCUACAUAGAAAAGCAAAUUGAAGUGCCAAAUUCUCUGAAUAGCCCCACAUAUCGGCCUCCGCCACGCACUAAAGAGGUCCUUGUUAAAGGACAAACUGUGAAGCUGAAGUAUUGUUUUACUUGUAAAAUUUUCAGACCUCCACGAGCCUCCCACUGUAGUUUGUGUGAUAAUUGUGUUGAUCGGUUUGACCAUCACUGUCCCUGGGUUGGUAACUGUGUGGGGAAACGAAACUAUCGGUUUUUUUACUUAUUUCUAGUCUCAUUAGCAUUUUUAGCUGUAUUUAUAUUUUCCUGCUCUGUGACACAUUUAGUUUUAUUGAUGAAAGCAGAACAGGAAGUAUUUGAAGUGAUAAAAAAGGCGCCAUUUACUGUGAUUGUUGUGUUCAUUUGUUUUUUCUCAAUUUGGUCAGUUAUUGGUUUGGCAGGAUUCCAUACCUAUCUCACCACAAGCGAUCAAACAACAAAUGAAGAUCUCAAGGGAUCGUUUUCAUCCAAAGGGGGACAGCGCUCUAUAAAUCCGUAUUCACGGGGGAAUAUUUGCCUCAAUUGCUGCCAUAUACUUUGUGGUCCCAUGACACCGUCUUUAAUAGACCGCCGUGGGAUAGCGACAGAUGAUUAUAUUCUGCAAAUGCAACAACAUACCAGUCCACGACAUCCCUUGAGCGACGUGAUGAGUGCUUCUCACGUUGGUACAAGUGGAAUGAUUACGUCACAACCUGUGAUUUCUGGCGCUGGAGGUGGCAUUAACAUUGGUGGAAACGAUAUUAAACCCCGCUUGUACGAUGAGUCCAAUACAUCUUCGGCAACUUUAGGUGGUGGCAGUAACGGCAUAUAUCGGCCGCGAAGUUAUGAUAACUUACAAAACGGAAACUCCAAUAGUCUUGCGCACUUAGUUGACAACGAAAUUCCCCUCUCCCAAAUGGACAUAAUACCGCAAACACAAACAGCACAGAUGCAACGUCAAUUUCGACACCAUAAAGAUCGUGGUGCCCAAUCGAACACUCGAAUCUCGAAUCCUUCCGAAGGUGACAAUGUCAUCAGUAAUUUUGUUGAUUCUAGCGCCUGCCAUAGCGAAGAUGUUGUCGAGAUAGUUGGCAAAACUGAGGUUGUAGCUGCUGUAGCAGCAAUCGCUGCUACAAGUCAGGCUCGAGAACGCCAAAAUCGCUCAGGCAGCUAUAGUAACUUAUUUCGCGCAGAAAGUGGAUCGAUCAGCACCAACAUCCAUAUUGACAAUAGCCCCCCAACCAAAUUACCAACGAGUGUUUCGGCUAUUGAACGCUUGGAUAAAGAAUCGCCCGAUUAUCCGCCGGGAGCGAGCAUCUCAGACCUUUCGGUGAACAUUGACAUGAAAGAUUCUGAAGAGUUCGCGAAAAACACUCCAACUACUAGUGGUGAGAAACAACAGUCGAAUUUGGCGAAACUAUUUUCACAAGCCGAAAAUAUGUACAGCAAUGUCUCACAAAUCGACACUAAUGGAUUAAAAGCAACAGACGCUAAAGACAAUGACAAUGAAGAUCGCAACAACACCAGUUUACAUGUGUACUCAAACCUCAUGGAUGAGCAGAAACAGCAUAAACUGUCAUUGCAAAUGAGCCAACAACAGCACAAACAAAUAGCACAACAAAGUAUUAAACCAACCAGUGCAAUGAUUUCGUCCGCAUUAUUAAAUGACGAUCUGGACUUGGACGAUCCAGUUAGUGCGUCAUUUGUUGCACACGAAAGCGUAGAUUCAAGUUUCGCAGCUUCUAACGGUAUUGGAGGCGGAGGCGGAGGCGGUUCCACUACUUUGAAUGGCCUCAAUCGUUUGCGUAUACUAAACAACACAACCAUGAUAAAUACAGCACUGGACUUAGAUAGCUUAGAUGGGUCCAGCUUAGGAAACAACUCCCAGUCAUGCUUAGUCAAAGGAGCACCUCCAAUACCUUAACCCAAUUGAUACCCAAAACUUACAUUCUAAGUAUCAUAAUGAUGGACUAAAGAACGUCAGGGCCUGCGAGUGGCCGAUAGAUAACUCGUAACAGCCUUAAUUUGAUAGCACCUUCAAAGAUUGAGAACUACCAGAUGGCUUGUUGGAGGUGCAUAUGUGCCACCUAUGUAAUUCUGAUAAGUUCCUAACUCAAAAUUGCACUUGAUCCAUUUUUUAAAUACACGGUAAGCUCUUAAAUGUCCCAAUUACUGUUUUUACGCGGUUCGACAAAUUAGUUCUACAUUUCUACGCUACGCUGUGACUCGACGUCGUUUUUAUCUCAUCUCCAUGCUAUAUUUAUAUAUUUGUUGAGAUAACCAUUUUGAAGAUUCACAUGGACACUGUCAUCUUAUAUACGAUUUUUCCUUGUUUUUUUGCACAAGUUUUUUAAUCCCCCAACAAAGACUUUUAAAUUAGUAAUUGCAUAUAAAAAUUCAAUUUAUGAUUACGUGCUGAAAUAGAGUGAACAAAGGUGGCAUAUCUCAUAAAAUAUUAGUUAAACAAAUUACCUUCCCCUAUUAAUUCGUUUUUUUUUUAUGAAUUAGUAGAAUAACACAUAUGGGUAUUUCCUGGGUUACGGACGCGACAUUCGUACGACUUUAGAGUUAAAUGAAUCAUACGAAAACUGAAGUCACUUGUAAAAAAAAUUUGCUGUUGUGUAACUUUUAUACCGUCCUUUGGUUGACAAAAAACUAGGUGCGCUUGGAACACUGAAGUCGAGAAAAUCGAUGAAAAGUAGCGCAUAACGGACGCGACAAAAACAGAAGUGAUUUCAGAGUACAUGUUAAAACUAAGCAAAACUCUGCGAAUCGUGUAAGGUUUUCCUUUAUUAAACAUUUUUUAAAUAAAGUCUAAUUAUGGACCGUCACAACCAAUUCAUUUUUAAUCAGAAGCAAUUCGUUGUUGAUUUAAUUUUGAAUUAAAAUCUGGUAAGGGACGCGUCAUGUCGGACGCGACAGAUUUUCCCCCCAUACAAUAUUUUUACUAGUAACAAACACAUACUAAAUUUAAUUUUUUAUUUAAUUUUUUAGUUCUUCUCUCCACAGUUUCCCGUUUUCAAAACCUCUUUUCGCCAUCUGAAUACGAAAUAUAAAGUUAUAAAGCCGUUUAAAUUCAUUUACUUGCAUUUUCGGUUUACCUUUUUUGGGAAAUGCCCAUAUGUUAAUAUGCACCAAGACACAUUGAACAGGUAGUAUCAGUAGAGCAGCUGAUUUGAUUUUAUUUUGUCAAAUUAUUUGGUCUCGAAAAUGUAAG